AUGGUAAAAAUCAUCAACCUAUUUACUGAUUUAAGUCAAAUCCCAAAUAAAAUUUUAAUUGAAGAAGGGGUUUACAGCUUUACAGCUGAUCAACAAAAGACUUUUAUUUUAGUAUAUACGACUACAUUAUUAUGGGAUCUUUUGGAUUUACCAAAUAGAGAAAUUUUACUCAUGCCUGAUUGUUACAAGUAG